CAGCAGCAGCAGCAAAACCAGCAACAAAGUCAGGUGGAGAUGCAACAGGUGACGGAUCAGCAACAGCAGCAGCAGCAGCAGCAGCAACAACAACAGCAGCAGCAACAGCAGCAGCAGCAACAACAACAGCACGUCGUUCAGCAAAAUAGCAUCGACCAUGAUCAACAAACCCAACAACAUGAGAUAGAAUCAAAGGAUAGCAACAGUCAUGGCAGCAAUAGCACGGACUGCACGUCCCAACAGUCGGUGGCACAGCCGCCGCCGCCUCCAUCGCAAGUCGUCGCUGACUUCGUGGAGACGCUCGACCUCAGCCAGGAGGACAUUCAGCGCACCCUCUCCGCGAAUAUGGUGCACCCCUCGCCCUCGCCCUCACCAGCGGACAACAAUAUCAUCAAUCCCAUGGACUUUAUCGACUCGUCCGACGACGUACUCGUUAAUCUCGACGCGUUCGACAUGUUCAGCGACCUGCCGGAGCUGCACGACUUCGAGGCCGCGGCUACGGCCGUCGAGGUCGAGACCAAGACUGAUAUCAUGCGAUUAAGCUCGGAGGCCGAGGGCCACUGUCAUCCGGGCUCCACCGUCCACAUCGCCGAGUACAGCCCCGAGUGGAGCUACACCGAGGGUGGCGUCAAGGUGCUGGUGGCUGGACCGUGGACCGGUGGUGCUUCCCAAUCGUACUCCAUCUUCUUUGACGGCGAGCCCGUGGAGGCGUGUUUGGUGCAGCCCGGGGUUUUGCGUUGCCGGUGUCCUGCUCACGCGGUUGGCGUCGCCUCUCUCCAGGUCGCCUGUGACGGCUUCGUUGUCUCCGACAGCGUGGGCUUCGAGUACCGUAGGCCACCCCAGAGUGAGCCCAGUCCGGAGAAGGCCCUCCUCGACCGACUGGCCGACGUCGAAACGCGGCUUCAGGGACCGGGGCCUCCCUCGCCAGCCGCCCACCUCGAGGAGAGGCUCGUCGCUUACUGCCAGGAUGCGGUGGUGAGGCCCUGGCGUAGCGGCGCGGAGCCGCUCCAGUCCGGGGGCCCGACUCUCCUUCAUCUCGCCGCGGGCCUCGGCUACUCUCGGCUGGCCUGCGCUCUGUUACACUGGCGUGCCGAGAACCCGAGCAGCGUUCUCGACGCCGAGGUUGACGCACUGCGCCAGGAUGCGGCCGGAUUGACGCCCCUGGCCUGGGCCUGCGCCGCCGGACACGCCGACACGGCGCGGAUCCUAUAUCGAUGGAAUGCGAUGGCGCUGCGCGUGCGAGAUUGUCGGGAGAGGAGCGCGACCGAGCUGGCCGCGGAGAACGGCCACAGCGCUAUCGCCGAUGAGCUGAAUCGCUUGGAGGCUCGCCGGCAAGAUGAGAGGCUAUUCUUGAGACCGGCCAGCCCGAGCCCUAGGAGGCCCUCCCAAGACAGCGGUCUCGAUCUGGCUCUCUGGGAGGAGGACGCGAGGGUCUUGACCUUGGCCGAGCAAAUUAUAGCCGCCCUACCCGAGAGGAUCAAGAGAGAGCAAUGUGACCCCCCUUCUCCGUCCUCGCCACCGCCGCCACCGCCGUUGCCGCAGCUGGAGGAUGCUUUCAUGGAACAAAUGCCCCUCGACACCGGCGAGCUCUUCGACUCGUACCGCGAGUGCAAUGGCGGCGCGGCCUCCGUCUCCGACGCGGACGCUGAGGCCAGCCCCUCCUCGCCGUCCAGCAGCUGCCUGACCCCGGACUCGCCCUCGCCCCCGCCAACUACCGCCGACUUCUGCGAUUUCCUCCAACUCCAGCUGCAACUCGAUAGCGGAGUCGGCUCCUCGGGCAGCAACUGCUCGACCGACAAGGUCAUCGGGAGCGCGGCAAUUGGCAGCGGGACCGGGAGCGGCGCCCCCUCAAGCGGGGACGGUAGCGAGGCCGACCUCAGCAGGCUCACUCUCUCCGACCGGGAGCAGCGCGAGCUCUACCAGGCGGCCCGCAUGAUACAGAAGGCCUAUCGCAGCUACAAGGGCAGGCAGAGGCAGGAGGAGGCCGAGAGGCACGCGGCCGUGCUCAUACAGCAAUAUUAUCGCCGGCAUAAGCAGUACGCUUAUCACAGGCAAGCGACGAAGGCCGCCCUGGUGAUCCAAAACAACUACAGGAAUUACCGGGCUCGUCCGGGUGCGACGACGAGCGCCAGGCAGCAGGCGGUGCACCAGCAGGCGGCGCACCAGGCUGCCCGGAAGAUCCAGCAGUUCAUGCGGCAAUCGAAAAUCAACUUGUCGUGGGACGACUCGCGACCGGCUGCAGAACGCCAGGGACGUCGCAAGCGGGAACGCGAGGCCGGCGCAGGUGCCCACUUCCAGGGUGGCUGCUGUCCCCCAAAGCUCGCACUUAUCUAGCCCAGGUUCCAGCCUGGCAGCCGGCAACUCCCCCGAGACGACCUAGUCAACUGCCAGCAGAGCCAACAACAGCAU